AUGCAUGUAUCACAAGUCAUUAUCGUAUCUCUGGUAUACAGAGUCUGUAAUGCGAAAACACAAUAUCUAGCACCGGUCCAGGACAUAAAUUUCCCUAGAAGUGAAAGCGCGACAAACCCUCUUCAAUGGCUGGGUGCUAAUGGGCCAUGGUAUGCCGGUAAGGUUUCAAAAUACCCAUAUGGUCUCAACUUUUACUCAUCAUAUUAUUAUGGCCAGGUCCAAAUGUAUUCGGGAUUUCGUCUGAGCCUCCUCGAAACUGCCAUGUCGAUAGAGCUGCCUACGUCUCAAGACACGGUUCGAGGUACCCAGACCAAGGAGCUUAUGAUGGGUGGGUAUCGAUGUACGAACGGCAACUACACCGCGAGUGGGAGCUUAUCAUUCCUCUCGAACUGGCGGCCGGUCCUUCAAGACCCCGCAUCGCAGAUUGCCAUGGAAAACCCUACUGGUGUAAAGGAGGCCCUCGAUAUGGGGUAUCCGGGUCUUUACCAAGAGGGAGACGAGUUCAUGGUGUGGGCUAACAAUUAUACUCGGGUCCUCCAGACAGCGUCUAUGUUUAUUCGCGGCUACUUAGGGGUCGCUGCUUCUCAGAAAGGGAGCAUAAUCUCGGUGACGUCUCGAGGCUUCCCGGCCGGUGUUGGGGACUCACUCGCUCCCUCGGAUAUGUGUCCUAAUUUCAAAGAUUCGGAAGGGGGGAAACACAAGUCAACCUGGGAUGAGAUUUGGAUCCCGCCUGUUCAGAAUCGUCUACAGAAGUUGAUAAAGGGUGAUUUAUCUUUGACUGCUGGCGAUAUCGCCCAGAUACCCUAUCUAUGCGGUUUUGAGAGUCAUAUUACGGGCCGACUUUCACCCUGGUGCGAUGUGUUCACCGAUGAAGAGUUGAAGCAAUACGAGUACUCUAAUGAUCUCCGUUACUACUACGGUAUUGGUCCAGGUACAGAUCUCCCCAAGAAGAUGAUGACACCUUUCUUGAGUACACUCGUUGGCAUCCUGCAAAACGGAUCUACUAUAGGCGUAGGGGUAAACGGCUCGACUUUCAACCUUCCGAAGCUUCUGGUAUCAUUCUUGAAUGACGGACAGUUAACCGAACUGGUAACCGCAAGCGGCGUUUUCGAUAGACAACCCGCGUUGUCUGAUACGAAGAGGGACGAUAAGAGACUAUGGGUAGGGUCGCGGUACGUGUCAAUGAGAGGCACAAUUGCUUUCGAACGUCUAAGCUGUGCCGUGAAAGGGGAUGAUGGAACGGGGACUUAUCCCUCUAACGGGUUAAACAACAUAUACCUCCGCAUUCGCUUGAAUGAUGCAGUGUAUCCGAUCCCUUCUUGCAAUAAUGGUCCUGGAUUAUCUUGCAAGUUGAGCGACUAUACUAGAUAUGUUGCGGAAAAGUAUGCUGCUGAGGGGGACUGGAUUACGAACUGCAAUGUCACAGUUACUGAGGACACGCCGGCAACGGUGAAAGGAGCAAGCUUCUUCACGGAUAUCAGCAAACCGUGGGUUAGGCAGUUAGCUGUUUAAAG